AUAGUUCAUGACGAAUCAUGAUAUACUUACAUGACAAUCUUACGAAAUGAGCAUCUAAAAUAUCUGUCAAUAUAUUUAGAAAUAAUGAUCUACUGUAUUUUAAAUUAAAAAUUCAGUGUCGUCAUAUUAGAGCCGCCAAACCACCGUGAGAUCAGCUGAUGGUGUGUGUUGACAGAUCACAACAUGUCCACCUCCUACACCCAGUAAUCAAAAUAUAAAAUGUGUGACUGGAUGUAAGAGCGAAGCAUGUUAUCCAAGCACCAUCACCCACCACAACCCAACUGCAGUAUAAAGCUGUACGAGCAGGAAGUUGAACCACUUAAAAACAGUUUUGUACAAGUGUAUAACAAACCAGUAUGAGAAUAAUUAUACAUCUUUAUGGGAAUAUAUUAUAGUAUGUAUUGUGAACAUGAUUUAAGUAAAUUGACAGAUAUCCUAGACUUAAGUUAGAAAAAUGAAAUUCAAGUUGAUUCAUUAUAAAACAUAUAGUUUGUAUAAAUGAAGUGCUGCACUGUGUAUAAUAUUGUUUAAACAUGAUGAUUUUACUUAAUAAUUAUCCUCUGAUCCUUGCACUAGGGAGGAAAGUUCUGAUAUAAUUUGUGGAAAGUGUUUGUCUUCCAGACCUGUGCUCUCUGUCAAGACAAAAUUUUAGUUCUGGUAAAUGUUUUUUGACCAAAAGUAGCCUCAAGAACCACUUACAUGUACAGAAUUAUGUAGGAAAAUAUUUGCCCUUGAAGCCUGGAGAAUUUUUGUUCCAGAAAGGAUGACUCACAUAUUUUAAUAUUGAUUGGCAAGACUUACUUGUACUCAGUUGGGUAAAGUGAGUAAAAAUGGCCCAUUUUUUGGAUCCAACAGCUGGGCAUAGUGGUGAGAAAACUUGUGUCUGUGUAGAAUGCGGUAAAUUUUUUUGCAGCUACGAGGCCAUGCAAAUGCAUAUUUGUAUGACUGAACAGAUUGAUGUGAAAGAUAUAAAGUGUGAAAAGUUUGAUGACAGCUUAUACAGUAACUAUGAUAUGAAGCAUCAUGUGGCUAUCCAUGCAAAGAGGGAAUUUGAGUAUUUAGAAAAUGGUCAAUCUUAUUGCAGAGAGAAUCAGUUGGAUUAUCCUAUGGUUAUGCACACGAGUGAGAAUAAGUUUGAGUGUAAAGAGUGUGGUAAAGGAUGUGACACAGAGGGUGACCUGAAGCAGCAUAUGGUUGUGCAUUCUGGGGAAACUAAUUUUAGGUGUGAAGAGUGUGGUAAAUGUUACUCAACAAAGUAUAACCUGAAGCAACAUAAAGUUGUGCAUUCAGAGGAGAAAAACUUCAAAUGUCAAGUGUGUGGUAAAAGUUAUUACAGGAAGGGUGAACUGAAGCAGCAUAUGGCUGUACACACGGGUGAGACAAAUUACAAGUGUGAAGAGUGUGGUAAAAGGUUUUACAAAGAGAAUGAACUGAAAAAGCAUUUGGUUGUGCAUACUGGUGAGAAAAAUUUUAAGUGCAUUGAAUGUGAUAAAAGUUAUUAUAGAAAAGGUGAAUUAAAGCAGCAUUCAUUUGUGCACACGGGGGAGAAAAAUUUUAAGUGUACAGAGUGUGGUAAAAGUUUUUAUACCAAGAAGGAUCUCAAAGUUCACAUGGUUGUGCACACAGAUGGAAAAAAUUUCAAGUGUGAAGAGUGUGGCAAAAGCUAUUACAAAAAGAAUAAACUGAAGGAGCACAUGGUUGUGCACACUGAUGAGAGGAAUUUUAAGUGUGAAGUGUGCGGUAAAUGUUAUUACACAAGGAAUCAUCUGAAUCAGCAUGUGGUGGUGCAUACUGGUGAAAAAAAAUUUAAGUGUGAAGACUGUGGUAAAAGCUACUACACAAAGACACACCUCAAGAGGCAUUUGGUUGUACAUACUGGCGAGAAAAAUUUCAAGUGUGAGGUGUGUGGUAAAAGCUACUACAGAAAGAGUAAACUCAAUCAGCAUAUGGCUGUACAUACAGGUGAGAAAAAAUUAAGGUGUGAAGACUGUGGCAGAAGCUUUCAAAAAAUGACAUAUCUGUUGAGGCAUAUGAGUGAGCAUACCAGCUAGAUGUACUGUACAUACUACUGUAUUUUACAGUGUAAUGUGGAGUAGCUAAAAAAAUUUUUUUAUUCAGUAGGGGGUAGUCACCUGAAUCAUAGACUUGUAUACUUUACCUCUUUCAAGAAUGUCAGAUUAUUCCUAAACAGAAUCUCUGAGAAAAAAAGCAAGAUUUAGACAGCUAGAGUUACACAGUUAAUCGGCCUGACUUACCAAAUGAGACAAAUGUACAUGUAAGUUAUUUACUCAGAAGAUUAAUUGACUCAUAUAAUUUGAACGGGUUAUAUUGUCCCUGGCCACACCAUAGUAACUACCAGACCCUGAAAUGCCAUAGCAAACAACCACUACAGUACAACUACUGUACUGUGGUGUCAACAAACCAUCCAUCACAAGGUGCUUUAAACCAAGUGACUUUUUUCACCACAAUUACAAUUUCUUCUCACAUUGGUCAAUUGGUGGGACAGGUUUGUAUGUUAUGAACACAUUUGUAUGUACACAUAUGCUACACCGUUAUACAUACACUCAAACAUGUGUGUUUCAUGCUUUCACUCAUGCAUACAUACUCUUACAUAUACUAUGCUGUACAGUUGGCUCCACCCCUGACUUUACCACUUAGCAUUGCCAAUCCUCUCACUUCCUCAGGUGUGAAUCCCCGAAUCGUGAAGUGUGAAACCGUUUCAUUCACUAGUGAGUGAGGGGGUGUGUCAGGGUUGGUGUCUUUUUGUGAGGUGAGAUGGAGUACUAGGUAGUGAGGAGGGAAAGUGUAUAUCAGUUGGGAGAGUUGCAGUGCAGAAUAAUGCUUUGAUAAUAGGGGUUUUGACAGCUGAGUGUAAUUGUCUAGCGCUAGCCAAAUGAAAAUAAUAUACAGGGUGGUCCCCGGGUUACGAACAGGUUCCUUUCCUGAGGACGUUCUUAAGUCGAAAAUGUAGGUGAGUAACAUAUGCAAAAUAUAAAAAUAUUCAUUAAUUUUUAGUCAUUUAUUAUGAUUUAUAUUAUAUCAUUUUAAUUAUUCAUUUGUUCCCCCGCAAGAAUACUAGCAUCUCAAAAUGCUUGUCACUCAUUCUGCUACUCUUGUGCCUCAAGACGUCCUUGCACAUGGAGAACAUGCGCUCCACUGCAGCACUAGAGGGGAUGGGGGUGUUGUAUUUGAUGAACAACUCCCUCAUGGCCUUGUUGGGGAAGGUGUCCUUGUCAACAAAAUUUUUCGUAGGUUUCUCCACCAGGAAACGCUUGAAAGGGUCAGUCUUUUUCAUUCCAGGGAGGGGGGUCUCGUACAGGGCCUGGAACAAUUCGUCCUCCACGUCAUGGUCUUUGUCGUCUCCCUCACUGCUGCUGCUCUCAGUCUCGUGCACGGACUUCUCCACCAACCUAGACAGCUGGUUGGUGGCCUUUUUCCUGACUUGAAAAUUAAAAUCUGUAGAAAGCUGCGUGGGCGCGGCAAAAUUUUUCCCGGUCAUCUUUAUAACAAGAUAAAUGAAAAUCGAACUUGGAAAAAUAAAAAAAAAAUAAAAAUUGAAGAACAAAUUGACGCUUAACGCUCUGCUCGGGUGAAAAGUUGACUGCGUCACUUGUAGCGUCAUCUGCCCAAAAAAUUUAUGGCGUCAGCUUUAACAAAAAGUUGACGGCGUUAAAUUAACAGCGUCAACGUACAACACUGGGUAGUCGAAGGUUCUUCCUGCACCUUUGUCAAGGGUUGCCUUAGAGUCCAGUGCAUAAUGUAUAACUUUAUUAAUUAACUUCUUUAAACAACAGCUUUGCAUCAAAAAUUUUACACUUAAUAAUAAUAAUAUAUUUUUUUUUAUCCAUUUAACCUAACUGUUUGGCACAAUUAAACUGUGUGGUUUGCUGAGUCUAUACCAGACCUCUGCCAACUGAACUGUUUUAUUCAGCUAGGGAAGUUCCAUCUCAGUCAAGGGGUUAAACAAAACACCGCUGCUUCGACGAGAUAUAGAUUCAAACAUAUCCAUAAUCCAUUUGCUCAUAAAUGCCCGCUUUUGCAUGAAUUCAUCCUACUUUCAUCCUAUUGUAAAAGUACAGUGCAUUUUCAUCUGGAUAGUGUUACAUGAUUUCACUGAGUUGAGGAAACCCUAUCGUUAUUGUCAAAGCGUUAUUCUGCAAUGUAAUCUCUCUCAACUGAUAUACUGUGCACUUUCUCUCCUCACCCCCAGUAACCCCACAGAAAGACACCUACCCCGACACAUCCCACCAUUCUCCUUCCCGCUAACUGGCGAAUGCUUCGAAUUCACACUUCAGAGUUUGGGGUUUGUUAUCUCAGGGAGAGAGGAUUGGCAAUGAUAAUUGGCACAGUCAGGAGUGGACCCAACUGUACACAAAUAUUCUCUCAUAAUGAUUAUGUGACUGUUACAGUAUACCAAAUUGUCUUAUUGCUGCUAAAAAUAAAACCUUA